AUGUAUUCAGAUCACAAUGAGCCUCCAACAGAGGAACUUUCCGGGUACGAGGACAACACAGCUGAGCAUUUGGGUUAUGCAGUGUCGGAGAUUGGCCGUGCUGUGUCCCAGGAUGAAACGGGGGUGGAUUUUGCAGACCAGUUUGAUGGGCCUUUAGAGCGGCUGGAGAUACGCCGGAUGAGCGAUACGCCGGCGGAGUCCCGUGUCGACCAGCAGGGCUGUGAAGAAGACGAUAUGUUUGGGCAUAGUUUUGAGGAUGACAGAGGAAUGGAGGAGAUGACGAUGGGUCUGACGGCCGAGGAUAUUUCCGAGGACUCUUUUUUGAACCGCGCUAAUGGCGGUGGUGUCGGCGACUACAGCCAUACGCGCUCGUUGCACUCAGACACGCUCGACAGACACUCCACUAUGCGUAGCCACCCCGAUGGUCGCCAGCCUAAUGGUCCUAAUGUUAUAAGGGAUGGUCCCUCGGACAGUGAACACGACGAGAGCGAUGAGCGUGACGAGAGGCUGACCACAUUUAGCUCGCCUGAACAUACGCGAGAGGUUGGUGGGAUUGAAGAAAUAGGCGCUCAGUUGGCGCAAGUAAUGGGUCGGCUCAACCAGUCUUUCCCACAGCAGCAGCAGCAGCAGCGGGAGGAGGAGGAGGAGGUUGACUGGGAUGAGAAUGGCGGGAGAUUCCAGAUACACCCGAUAUCAACACCACAUUCACCACGGCGCAGCUUUCACGAAGGCCAAAUCAUUUCGACCAUUGCCGAGGUAUACUCAGUCGUCAGGGAGAUCCAGAAUGAGCAGGUGGACGAAAUGACAGAGGCUGUAGCGGCUUUGAGAGCGGAGAAUAUCAGGGUGGUUGAGGAGCUUAGGGUGGAAGCGGAUGAUGAUGCGACGUUGCGGUUGGAGCCUCCGCCUUUCCAGAAUAUCGACGCGCAUCGGUCGCUGGAUGAUCGGUUUGUUGUGCCGAGGGGGGAGUACUCGCUGAAUGGGUCGUUUGAUUCGCUUGACCAUCCUAAUAUGGGCAGUCAGGAGACCCUGGGCGCUCAGUCGCCCGAGUCCAUGCGGCAGGACUCGGAGUACUUUAGCCAGGGCAGGGCCGGUGGCGGUGGUGGCUCACACCAGCGUGGGCAUUUGUCGUCACCGACGCAGUUCAGCCCGUUCAGCAACUCGGGCCGUGGGCGGUUCGGGAAUAUGGUCAGUAGUUUGGGCUAUUCGGAUAGCGGGUUUGGGCCGGUGGAGGAUGCUGAUGAGAUGUUUGGCAACUACGCGACCAGCAGCAACCCUGAUUACGAGGAUAUUGCGAGGCAGCAUGAAAUGGAUUUCUCUGAUCUUAUGGGUGAAUCUGACCAUGACAACGAUGGAUUUGGUUCGACCGGCCGCCGGACAGCAGCAAAAUCAGUCAACGUUGGCGAGGAGGCGCAAUUUCUCCACCAGGAGGAACGGUUCGCUAUGGAUAUGCGCAACCCCAUUGAACUGAUGGGCAAGGCCAACAGCCUGGGCAUGUCAGAUGCCGACUCGGAGGUCAGUGGCCUGAUCCCUGCCGAUCUCAGCCACUCAACUGAGGGUAGCCAUCGCAGUGCAAAAUCGCCGAUGGGUCGCGGGUGGAUCCGCUUCGCAGCGCCUGGGCCUGGCGACCGGAAUAUCGUCGCGUCCCUGGGCACCGCGCAGCCUACGCCUUAUGACCAUUAUGGCCAUUAUGGACAGCGCGAGAACAAUGGCCAGGCUGAUGGCGCCGUACUGCUGCCACCGCCGCCAACAACCCCAAGGACAGUCAUGAGCCGCGACCCAUACCAUGGGCCGUCCACACGUGUGCUGCAUGUGGUGCCGCCGUUUGAUGCCCAUGCACUGCAGACGCCGCCGGCGCAGCCCCAGGGUCAGAUGGCGCCUCUGCGCAAUGCCAGGCCGGCGGGGCCGCGGUCCAUUGAUGAUAUGCGCCGCCCGCCGCCGCUGACGAUUGCCUCGCGACAGUCGACGCCCGACCACCACCACUACCAGCAACAGCAGCAGAGCCGGCAGCAGCAGCAGAACUAUCAGCAUCAGCAGGACCGCCAGGCGAGCCACCAGGCGAGCCACCAGCAGGACUACCAGCAGCAGCAGCGCAAUGCUCGGGCAGCAGCCGAGUUUGCACAGGCCGCUCAAGUCAGCCCAGACUAUGACCAGAGCGACGAUGGUUCACUGGGACUCGGCUCACUGCUUCUAGGCGACAUGCAGCCAACCGAGUCAAUCCGUAUCAACCGCACGCCCCUCGCCACUGGGCAAUUCGCACCCGCGCAUGCACGGAUUCUGGGAGCCUGGUGGCACGGGUUUGUGUCGCGUGAUUGGACGUCGCAGUCGACGGUGACGUCGGCAGCGUAUGUGCCGUUUCAGGAACCGACGGUGGAUAUUGCGAGGCUGCCGAGGUAUAAGGAUGUAGCGCUGGGAAAGAUUGACAGUGUUUCAUGGCCGGGUUCGGAGUGGGGUGGCAGGUCGCAGGGUGAUUUGCGCGGGAUGCUGAGCUACGAGUCUGACGCUGUGCAUACUAUAAGGUAUGAGUCGCCGACGCCGUCCGUGGGCGGAUUUGGCAGGGGCCAGCAGCUACCACAGCAGCAGCAGGGGCAUCAAGGGCAGCAAUCUGCUGGGCGUGGGCAGCAGCAGCAGCCGCAGGUGGUGUCGGAGAAUGCCGAAGGGACACCGUCGUUGAAGGAGAUCUACGAUAUGGUCAAGGUUGUUCUUACGACUAUGAGCUCGCAGACGCAGAUAGAAACGCCACCCGGUGUUGGUGCCAAAGAGGGUGGUCGGCCGGCUGACACUGGUCGCUCGCAGCUUGGGCCGAUUGCUGUUGACCAUGACUCGCGGCGGAUGCGCACAAUGAGUACGUUGGAUCGCCAGCUGAACAACGUGUAUGCGGGAAUAAGCAUGGAGGCUGAAGAGAAGCAGCGCGAGCGCAAACGCGAGCAGCAGCAGCAGCAGGCAGCGGAUAUUAGCAACCGGUCGUAUCCAGAUUCCCGCCCAGCUGCACCAACGCCGCGUAGGCGCAAUAAUUUUUCGCGGUUUAUUGACGAUGAGUCAGGCAGUUUUGUCGGGUCAGAAGCUGCACCGGCACCACCAGCACUGGUGGCGGCGUCGGAUGCCGAGGCUAAUGCCACUGAUAGGUUUAUGCAGAGAUACCGCAGUGAGGUGGCACCUCAGCGCACACAGAGCACGCAGCAGUAUGUCGAGCGGUAUACUAGCGAUACUGCGGCCGGUAAUUAUAGCGUUAUGCGCGGGAUGUCGCCGCUUAUGCCGUCGGUGUCAUCGCUGCCGCAACCACUGUCUGCAUCGGUCACCCGUGAAAUCAGCGGCAGCAGCGGAGCUGAUGGUGGUGACAGUAGCGGUGGGUUGGCGCAGGGCUUGGCCAGAGUGCUGGAUGCCCUGGGUGAGGGGUCGAUAUCCAAGGAGGAUCUUUACAGGACCCUGGAGGAGAUGGUUUCGGCGGUCGUCAGUAAGAAUGGUAGUUUCGAAAGAGCUUCCGCACAACAAGCUUCUGAGACUCUGGAUCAGCCACAGCAGCAGCAACAGCCACAGCAGCAGCAGCCAAGGCGUGGGAUGGCGACCGAGACGGCUGUGCAGACGGAGGACGUUUCAGCUGAUAAUGCUGAUGCUGGGGAUGAUGGUCCCGUGGACAAGGCGUUUAUGCGCAGUGUUCUGGCAUCGAUGGAAUCUCAUUUUGAGCGUAUUGGCAAGCAACUGCUGGUCGCCAAAACGCAGAAUCAGUCGGAAGCUGCGCAGCCGGAACAGCCGGCGGACGUGGGGUCUGUGCCGGAAGAGUCCGAGCCGAGGGAGAGCAGAAGCCCGGCAUUGGCUGCUCGCCAGCGGAUAGUGGGGGCGCCUGUGUUCGAGACGCCGACAAGGAGAGGCCGGCUGGCGCAGGGGGUGCAUUGGCCCAGUAGCCAGGAGGAGCCUGAACUGAGAGAACGCCUGGCGUCGCCGCCGGCGCCGAGGGCUGUGUCGCCGCUGCGGGAGCGCUUCUCGAUGGGGGGACGCCGUGGCUAUCGCCAGCAGAUGUCGCCGUUGGCUGGGCGGGGCCGCCCCCAGCACCAACAGCAGCAAGCGAUGAGUGCGUUUGGAAGUCAUUUUGCCAAUACUGACCAUGCUGCUGAUGUUGAUGCAGCCAUGGAUGCUAUGGCCGACGAGUAUGACAAUGAGGAUGACGGCGAGCUAUCGGACACGAUGACGACGGUGCAGGACGACGCGCCUAUGCCGGUGCCCGGUUCUGUCGGCCCUGCCUUAGUUCAUGCGGCCAGCACGCCCGGCCACCGCAGCCAGCUGCCGCCGCUGUCCAUGACUGCGCAGAAACGCAGCGAGCGGAUUUCUGGCGAAUCCAUAACUUCGCAUCUAGGCAACAGCGACCAACUAGGGAGACGCCAGACCUUAGAUUCUCUUCGUCGACAACACCAGCAUGAGCAUGAGCAUGAGCAUGAGCAGCAGCAGCAGCAGCAGCAGCAGAGUCUGCGAACAAAUGUACGCGCAGAUGACGGAUAUGAUAGUCUGAAUGACGCUAUCUACAGUGCACAUAUUGUGCGGCAGCUUAGCGAGACACUGGCAGGGCUUGAGCAGGAGCAUAUUAAGCGGUUCCACCAUCUGCGAAGCACCAAGGCGGCAGACUGCCCGGUGUGUCGGUCCCUGGAGGCACAGAACCAUGAUCCGUAUCUUUAUGGGAAGCACGCAGUGGCGUACAAGUCUCUGCCGAUGCGUCAGCUGCAGGGGCUUCUGAAUGCCUACGUUGAUGUCAUGACUAUGGAGCGCCCGCAUUCGCAGCGGUCAACAUUGUCGCCACCGCCAGCGUAUGUUUCGCGUGAGGAUGAUUUGCAGGGUGUGCGUGGAGAUUCACUCUAUCAUUCGUUUACGCCGACGCCGACGCGGAGCGGGAAGGUAAUUGCGCGGAGUUUGGCUCAGCGUGGAUCGCCCUUGGGGGAUACACGGAGGACUACGGGGGUGGUUAUUGAGCAAUUACGGGAGGAGCUGGAUGCUGUGGGGCGUCGGUACCGCCGGAUGGUUGGGGAGUACGAGAUGCUGGAUCCGACGCGGAAGAGCGACCAGAGGCGUAGGAGGCAGAUGGCUGGGGAUUUGAAGGAUUUGGUUGAUCUUUUGGAUGUCAAGGGUGAGCAGAUUGCGACGUUGGCGGGGCUGCAUCACUCGGAUACUUUGCCGACCUCGCGUGUGGCGGCGGCGCCGGCUGCUGCGGUGGGCGAGAGGAAAGGUUUAAAACAGAGAAAGCAGCUGCAGCAGCAGCGCAGGGCCUUUUGGGAUGACAGUGUUGAGAUGAGCUUGGAGAGAGUUAAUGAGAAUGGUGGAGGCAGCAUCAAUGUUUCUGGCGGUGGCGGUGGCAGUGGCGGCCGCGCGCACACGAGCAAUACCGAGCGGGUGUAUAACUCUGCAAGGGACCUGCAGAAGGCGCUCGGCGAUAUCAGCAUUGCUAGCAGCUUUAGCUCGAGCCUCAAUGAUAAUACCUCGGUUGAUGAUGGUAAACCGAAUAGUAUCUACGGCGACAGUGUCCGCCAGGCAACCAGGGAUGCGUUUAUCCCGUUGCAGGACCUGUCGCCCAGGAGCAGCAGCGCUAGCGGGAGUGCGGCGACUAUUUCCAACGAUGUCAGAGGCAUUGGGUAUCUGGACAGCAUGGCGGCGGUGUUUGGCGAGAAUGCCGAUGGCCAGUACGCUGACCAGCAGAUGAGCCCUUCGUCUCUGGAGAAUAAUUCAGCGGCGACCGGUCGUGAUCUUUUCUUCCCUGCCGAGUGCAGUGUUGAGCGUGCUGCAAACAGCAGGGGUGAACGGUACUUUUACACGGUGGGUGCUAUUGAGCCUGGCGGCGGUGACAGCGCUGCCAGGUAUGCGGUUGGGGACGACGGCCGCAUGUCGAUAGUCCAGAGGCAAGGGACGGUUGUCCGGGAGCAGCAGCAGUCGUUUGGGAGCAGCAACGGCAACAGUAUGAGCAAUAGAACAAUGCCUCGCAUGAUGCAGGACAUGGAAAGAGGCUGCAGAAGAGGCGCUCUUGUUUCUGCAUCUGCUUCGGCUGAUGCGAGGAAAAGAAACCACGAGAUUGCCCUCCAAUCAGCAGCAGAUCUGCAGCGCGAGCUUUUCCCACACGGCGUGCCCAGCCAAGGCACACUAAAAUCCGGCGUGCGGCAUAUUUCAGCCGACAUCAAGUUCCGCGCCAUCGGGUGUGAGCGCCGCCCCUGGCACGGGUUCAUCAUUGACGAUGUGCUUUUCGUGUAUGUGUCUGAGUUUGUCGCUAGCGAGGGGAGCUUUCGCACGGCGGUUAUGGCGCUGAUGGAGCUUGCUGAGGAUGUCCUGGGCUGUGCGUCGGUUAUUUGUGCUCUGCCUAAGGCGCUGAGCACGGUGAGUGGUGGGCCGGUGGAUACGGCGGCGGCAGCGACGCUUGUGCGCGCAUUCAUGUACUCCGGCUUUGAGCUGGUGUCACAGAUGCUGUACCAGCCCAGCCCAGCGUACGUUUUGGUCGGCUACGACGCCAUGUGAGAAGGGAAAAGGAAAACGGAAAUUAAGAGGGUUCUUUUUUACGUUUACCUCAGUGCAAUUAGUAAUAGAUAUCUUCAGUCUUAUUCUUUAACUUUUCUAUGGGGGGAAAUCGAUAAUCCGCUGCCAAGUGCCUAAGAGUAAUGCUGCCUUUGUCCUACCUUUUGAAAAAGAUGUUAAAGAAUUGUCAACGCACACAACCUACCUUUUAACAAAAAGCAAAAAUAAAUGCGUAAGCACGCUUUCAGAGGUUUCUCAAUGGUUAGGGAUUUGUUAGUGUGGUUUUUAAUAUCACUAUCACUGCUUUAAUUUUAAAAUGAUAAAAAAGA